UAGCAUACACAACCAAACUACUGAAAAUGCAUCAGCAACAGACUCACAAAUAUAAUAGAUAAACGGCUGUGCUGCUUCAGAUUCAACAAGCCACCAUAUCAAAAUACAGAUGAGCGAAACCAGCCACAAAGCUAAAACACAGGGCCAUUGCAUGCGACAACAAAAAUGAAACCUAAAACCUAUCUAUAUUCAUGAAAAGCGCGAGAGAUAACCUUAUAGCCAGAACGGACAAAAACGAGGGGAUGGAAGAGAUCGGGUGCCGCACGGAGUGUAGAGAGGUCGGAGAGAACGAGACGUCCGAGAGAUCUGGCGCCGCGCGAAGAGAACGAGACAUCGGGGAGAUCUGGUGCCGCGCGGAGAGAACGAGAUGUCGGAGAGAUCGGCGCCAGAGAACGAGAUGUCGGAGACUAGCCCCACGUGGAGAAAACGAGAUGCCGGAGAGAUCGGCGCCGCGCGGUGAAUCGCAGCUCGGAGGAACGAGACCAGUGAAUCCUCGAAUGUAUUUUGAUUUUGAACCGCUGCUCGGAGUGAACGAGAGACUGAAGAAUCGCUUGGGGUGAGGGAGGGAUCGGAGAACUCGAAAUUUUUUUUGAAUUCGUUUACUGAUUUACUCGAAGGAGUGAUGUGGCGGGGGUGGGCGGAUCUCAGUGACAAUACUGAGCUUGAAAUAGAGAAGCGGAGUGAUUGGAAUAAGUUUUCCAGUUUGGUUAUUGAAACAGAGUUGGGCGGUAGCAAGGGUUUCUAAACCCUCGGUGUAAACCGUCAUUAGAAUAUGUUCCGAAAAUUUUAGCAGGGGUUUGUUAAACACUUGCUACAUAACCCUUGGUAUAGGGACUUUUUGUUGUAGUGACGGCACCCUGAAGCCGGGAACAGAGGAGCAACAGCAACCAAAAGUCCAAAACCAAUCAAAACCAACACUAAAAUUAAUUUUGGGUAUAAAAAAAAUGUGCACUAUUGUUACUAAGUUGUAAUUUAAUUAAAUUUGAAGUAUCAA